AUGUCAAAAUCACUCGCCAUCAAAUCACUCAUCACUCCUUCAUUAUCUCGCACAUCCCUCAAACUCGCUCCAAUAGCCAUCAGGUCAUUUGCCAGUUCCUCAAGAUGCCGAAUCGCCACCUCUUCUUCUGCGUCUGUUGGGAUCAGGCUCGGUAGAGGUGUAGAGCUGAGGAAGAAGGAUGGAGGAUUGGGUGGGAUAAGGCAACAACGUCGUACCAUGUUCAUCCAAACCGAAACAACCCCUAACGAAGCUUCGUUAAAAUUCAUCCCAGGAGUUCCAGUGACCAACGGAGGUACUCAUGAGUUCCUCGACUUACGAUCCGCCUUAUCAUCUCCUCUAGCAACCAGACUUCUAGGUAUAGAUGGAGUGACAGGUAUAUUCUUCGGACCGGAUUUCGUAACAUGUUCGAAGGACGAUUCGUACAAUUGGUCGAUCCUUAAACCUGAGAUAUUCGCUAUAUUAAUGGAACAUUUCUCAUCCGGUGCCUCCCUCUUCAAAGAAGGACAUUCGGCAGAUCAAGCAGAAGAUACCAAGAUACUUGAUACCGAUUCUGAGAUCGUGGGCAUGAUCAAAGAAUUGUUAGAGACAAGGGUACGACCUGCGAUUCAAGAAGAUGGAGGUGAUAUAGAAUAUAAAGGUUUUGAAGAAGAUACGGGAAUAGUAAAGUUAAAAUUGAAGGGAUCUUGCAGAGGUUGUUCGUCAAGUAGUGUGACGUUGAAGAAUGGAAUUGAAAGGAUGUUGAUGCAUUAUGUACCGGAGGUACAGAGUGUAGAACAGGUUCUCGACGAAGAAGAACUCAUAGCCUUAGAGGAAUUCUCAAAGCUAGAAGCCAGGUUGGAAAAGGAGAAGAAAGGUGGUAAACCCGAGUAUGUCUAG